UAAAAAUGGCGGGGGCACUGGACUAUGUUGGCUCCUAUGUUUGGAGCGAGAAGUUCUGGUUUCCAGAAAAUGUGUCAUGGAAAGACAUCGAAAAUCAUGACGAAGGUCCUAAUGCGGGCAUAUACCAUCCACAGAUUUCUGAUCUCAUAAUGCCCAUACCGGUAGCCGUUCUAUUAGGUGUGAUUCGUUUCUGUUUCGAGAGAUUUAUAGCAGCCCCAAUUGGCCGAUCAUAUGGACUUCGUGAGGGCAAGAUUAUGGUAGCUGAAUAUAUCCCAAUAUUAGAAAAGGCAUACAGAAAAACAAAACGUCCAGAUGAUAAGGCUAUAGAGGGCUUCAGUAAAAAACUCAGCAAGUCAACACGCCAGGUUGAACGAUGGUUCAGGAAGAGACGAAACCAAGACAGAUCUAGUGAACUUAAAAAAUUUUGUGAAAGCGGCUGGCGAUUCUUAUUCUAUGUAUCUGCUCAUAUCUACGGAACAGUCAUAUUAUGGAACAAAAGAUAUUUUGCUGAGACACUCCACUGCUGGAUUGGAUGGCCCCAUCAGCAUGUUUCCUCGGAUCUCUACUGGUAUUACAUGAUUGAACUUGGUUUCUACGUUGCACUAGCAUUCUCGCUCAUGACAGAUGUCAGGAGGAAGGAUUUCUAUGAGAUGAUCAUCCACCAUAUAGCCACGAUAGGGCUGCUCACUUUCUCCUGGAUCAACAACAUGGUCCGUAUAGGCAGCUUGGUUUUGGUCGUUCAUGAUGCAGUCGAUUAUUGGAUGGAGGGUGCAAAAAUGGCCAAAUAUAUACGAAAACAGAAAAUCUGUGAUGCAAUGUUUGUAGUGUUUGCAGUAGUCUGGUUCGUCACUCGCCUUGUUAUAUUUCCAAUAUGGGUACUUCAUCCCUGCUUGGCCUCUGAUUCCGGCAUGCACGAGGUUAUCCAUGAGAGUUGGCCAGCCUUGUUUGUCAGUCGUUGUAUGAUUGUAGUAGUGUUCCUUCUCAGCAUUAUCUGGACAUAUUUCAUUUCGAUGAAUAUUUAUCGACGUGUGGUCGACAAAGUGCAAAAGGAUGAGCGUAGCGACAGUGAGUCUGCUGUCACUGAGGAGGAGACGAACGGUACCGUGCUUGAUGGUAACUUGAACGUGAACAAAAAGAAGGAGUAGACACGACACCGACGAUGUGGAGCGGCUCGAUGCCAUUUUGUCCAAAACAGAAUGCAAAAUCGGAGAAUGAGACCGUCCACUGUGCAUGUUGUCAUUUAUCUGCUUGAAUAAAAGCUAGUUGGCCCUGCUAACUUUCUGUGACAUCACCAAUAUUAUGACCUAUUAGAAGAAAGUUAGGUCAAGUUGAAAAAGUUAUCGAAGCCUUUUGCAAGUCUGGAAAAGCUUCCUAUAACAUUUCUGUUAAGGAUUAAACAUGGUAAUAAAAUGAUGGAUUCGGUUAUAAUCAAUCAAAUUUUUGUCAUUGUUUUGAUAAGGUGAGCGCCCUCCUUUAUCUCAGAAUCUGUAUGAUGGCAAUCAGCUAACAGAGAUUCGGCAUUAUAGUCGAGGUUGUAUCAUGGGAACGAGCUCACAAUCCUCGGUCACGGCCCAAAAAUAGGUCAUCAAUUGACAAAACAAGUGCCAUUGUUCAAAGGCGAUCAAACUUUGUCAUUUCCAAUCGGGGAUUGUACAUUUUGGGCGUAUUAUGGCCUCUACUAGUUUUUAUUCAAGGCCAGAGUUUGUAUUGUAAAUAAUAUGCUACCACAACUGGGUGUUGCAGUGUUAAUUUGUGGAAAGUUUAGAACUCUCAUUCCUUGAAGCAUGACGGAUUGAGUCUUGUGAUGCUGCUGUACGAAAAUGAACAAAUAGCUUCAGGGUUCUGGCUAGGAUUUGAUCUCGGUACCUCUUAAAGGUAUUGUGCUUGUUCGGUGAUAAACAGUGUACAAGAAAUGUCUUUCCUAGGUGUUUUCCACCAGUCCCCAAUAGUUGGAAGAAAUGCCUAAGCAUGUGUAAGUUGAGAACUUCAAUGCAAUCUUAAACAGAAAAGCUUGGUAUGUAAGACAUAAAACAAUUUUAGUAAGGUGAGCAGGUAAUAUGUUGGCCUGAUGCACCAAAAAGGACCAGGUAGGACCCUGAAUAACCUUAUAAACUUUCCACAGGUUUAUUGCAACACUCUCUCAUCAGCCCAGACAAUCAAGUAGUGGCUGGCAUUGAGGUAAUAUCCACGCCUUGCUGUCACCACUGCACUUUACACUUCAUCCUGGAGAAUCCGCUCCCCAGCUUGCUGGGAAUCGGGCAGGCCUUCCAACUUGCCAAGCUGAAUUCUAAAUUGCUGAGUUCGCAUGAACUCCAACCCUCUGGCCGGCACUAUCCAGGGUAAGCUGCUUGGUAAGUUGGAAGGCCUAACCCUGAAUACACAAGAUCAUGAUAAGGCUCUUGGUCAUUUGCGGUGCUGAUUCUCCAGGGUCCAUUUGGUAGGGUUUGGUGAAUAUGGUAAUUGUGUAGUGUAGAGUGCAUUAGAGUAGAAAACAUGAGUAUUUUGUGAGAAAAAAAAAUCUAGAUAUUAGGUGUAGAAUUAGUAUUUAACUCUCUCAAAGAAGCAUGUUUGUAUCACACUUAAGGAUCGUGGACACAUUUCUGUUCCUGUUAUGAGCCAAGAAGUUGGUUCCAAAGUACAGUUUACAAGAUUAAGAGGUACAUUUUAUACCUGUCCUUACAUGUCCUAAGAUGGUCAAAUCUGCCACUUAUCAUAUUUAAAUUACAUCACACCUCCCCACGUUUGAGACUGAUUUAUGGUGCACAAGACCAAUGUUUGGCACAAACUGGAUGAAGUCGCAGGAAAAUAAGCCCAAAUUAAGGAAAGCAGGAUGUGUACUAAAUUACGUUAUUGAGGGCCUUCUUACAUUGGAUUGCAACCAGUUGGUUUGUUUUUGAUUCCACUCGAAGCAUUUUAGGAACAACAGUAUUUAUAAGCAUACUCAUUUUCAGCCAAAAAAAGUGGAAAAAAUUGUUUUCUCAACUUGGGCAAAAGACAUGGCAUGUGAAAACAAAUUGUAUAUCAUAUAGGGCCUCUGUCUCUCGAAUAAGCUGCGCAGGAACACUGAACUUGUGGUCCAUGUUGUGUGAUGCGGAUGUUUGCCUUGUUGUAAUCUGUUUUCGAAUCAAACUGAAGUUACCACCUUGUGGCAUUAGCAGGGAUGUCGAAUUUCUGAUUUUAGGUGGAUUUCAGACUUUUUCCACAUACUAAAUCCCAAAAUUGGUAGCUGGAAUAGAAAGAUCUCUGUCUUGACUCUCCAAGGAUCUUUGAAUUUUCACACUUGAACCAACGAUAAGGAUUUUAGAGGCACGUUCGUGCAAGCAAUUGCUGUUCAAAGGGGAAGAUUUUCACCCAAAAAAUUGAUUUCAGACCUAGUGCCUGAGCUCAUUCGCAUCCCUGCAUCAGAUAUUUUGGCUGGGUGUUGUAAGAUUUUUUUAUAAACACCACUCCAAAUUUGUAAAUAUUUGUAAAGAAGUUGGUUUCAAGAAUUUCGCAAGUUGAUGAAACUGAUUCUGUUCAUGCAAAUGUUCAUGUUCGUUCAUGAUAUUAAACUAGAAUUCUACUCUGAAAGUCAUGUGCUGUCGUAAAUCUGUAAUCGAAUGUGUGUUCCUAUUUUCUUCUCCAUAUCAUGUGUUAGUUUCAACCUUUUCCAGUCUUUCUUCUCUAUUCCCAACUUCAUUAAACAGGCAAGACCUAAAGGGAGCAAUCAGUCCAUAAAAGUUGUUAUCAUUCGCAUAGUUGCCAACCAGAAUUUGGCAAAAAAAAUUGAAGAUUAUAACACUUGCUGAUGCAAAUGACUUAGGACUGCAAAAAGUCAGAAGUCUGAAUGUUUUCUUACCAACUAGCUUAAUCUGAUCUUUUACAAUAGCAUAGCAUGUUUUUUGACUGUGGCAGUGUUAGACUCUGUACACUGCCUACCAACCUCGGUGGACUUGUCUUUCCCUGAGAACAUGCCGAUAAUGUCCCCGCCUGGACGCGUCUGGUCAGAUCACUAGCCACACCACAGGCACAUCAUAUAACACAAAAAACAAGAAUUUGUUGCAAAAGCAACAAUGUCAUAUAUUGGAUCGAAUGCCGUCAAUGUCACAUAGAAUAUGUCGGCGAAACCAAACGUUCUCCACUAGAACAUUUCCAAAAUCACUUCCACAGUGUUACCAAAAACAUUGCAACGGAUGUCAUAGGACAUCACUUUAACCUCCCAAAUCACCAUGGCCUCCAGGACUUCUCAAUCUAUGUCCUAGAAUUCAUGCACAUCGCUCCAGUUGGUACAAUCGCCAAGGCCAAAAGACUCCAGAGAGUUUUCUUGAAUCCAUUGUUUGUGCACCAUGUCGCCGUUAGGACAUAACAUCAAGGACAACACGUCCUGUUAACCUCCCUCAUACUCUUCUGGCGUUUCCAUCAUUAGACUCUGAACAUGUACAGCUGCUACGUCUAGGUAAAGUCAUACAUUGUGUAACGCAAGCUCAUUUGAUACAACCAUUGCCUUGGUUUACUUUCAUGCGUUUACUUUCACGUUUUGAUACCUUGUCAAGAGUUGUGCUUUAAACAAAAAAUCCUUGAGCUGCACGAACACAUAUCAUGUGAAUGCUGGGUUCUUAUGCAAUUAUCAACUCGUAUCUUGUACCCCCCCCCCCUCCUCCUCAAGCCUUCGACACCUUUACGACAUUCACCUAUAAAUUUUCGACUAAGCUACGACAAGGGUUAAUCACACACUGAUGGAAAUUUACCAUAAGCAUCACUGCAUGUACUGGUCAUAGGGAAAGACUUUCGACAUCUCAUCACCUCUGGGCUUGGGCAUGUCAAAAGAUAAAGACGUCUCUUCACCAGUGACGGCCGAAAUACCAUUACAAGCACUACAACCACACAGUUGCCCAUACUAUGUUACAUAUGCCUGUCCUUUGUGUUUUUUUUCCUUUGGUGGUUAUCCAUUUCAGUGUGAAGUUGGCUCUUUGCAGUCCCAAUAAACUGCGUAGAAGCACGAGCAUAAAAAUCCCCGUUGGAAUUCCAGACGACAAGAUUUCGACGCAACAUCACUUUAUCGGCGUCAGUAGUUCGACAAGACUUGGCGAUCAACGGCCCAGUUUAUCGGCAAGAUUCGACGCCUGAUCACUGGAGGCUUACAAAUCAACGUCGAAGCUACGGACGGCAAUGCACAGAUAAUGGAUAAGAUUCGCCAAAAUUCGACGCCGUAUCUUGUCGAAGCUUGAGGAGGGGGGGGGGGGGGGGGGGGGUAAAAGAUACGAGUUGAUAAUUGCAUUAUCCUGAAUAGAAAUUGUUACAAAUUCAAUCCUUACUUUCUUGAGCUUCUUAGCCUCAGUUUUAUUCUGCUGACUUGCUAGGUCUUUGGGACAAGUAUCAGAGCAUAGCUAGUUAAAAAAUGGCCCAUUAUAUAUCCAGCGUUUUGACAAUAUGUGUGCUAGAUUGUUGUGGAUUCAGUAUCGGGGAGUUGUCGCGAUCAAUUUGCUUCUCAGGUCGUUCUCAGGUAAAUGAUGAACUAGAGCAAGUGUUUAUGCAAACUUUGUCUGAAGUACACACUGCACAGAGGUCGCAAGUAACAAUAUCUGGUGUCGACCUUGUAUUGAUUGUGAGCAAGAAAAACUAUCAAAGGCUUAAUCCAUAACAAUCUACCAUAUACGUGUAUUGUAUCAAGCUCUGAUAUAUAUGCAAAUCAAACAACUUUUUAACCAGUGAAAAAGUCCAGGUUUGCAGUGUUCAUGUGUGGCGGCCAAAGGUAUGUUAAAAUUGAACUCCUUUAAUUUCAUAUUUCAAUUAAAAUAACAAGAUUGCUUUGCUAAAUAAGGUAGAGACAUAUCAAAAUAGCUAAGCAGGACAUUGCAUGGACUAUUUUUAUAUUGGUUACUAGUAUGUAUUUAUACAUUCCAUGUCAACUUGUUGAAUUAAAGCUCUAUUGUAUGCAGUUUACGGAAUUUUCAGUGCUAGUUGACAAGUUGGGCAGUAGAGAGGCACCUAGCAUCAUUAGUAACUUCUUUGAAAUUCUGUCCUGUCAUGUUCCUUUGAAAUCAAACUUCCAAUGAGGCACUGUUUGCUGCUAGCACUCUAGUAUACUAAAGUGUAGAACAGUACCACUAAGUCUGAGUCGACAUAAAAGUCAUUUUGGCAUUUUAUUCGAAGCGCCACAUGAAGCCUGCAGGAAAUUAUUUGUUCGUUCCACAGUUCACCUAUGUAAACUCAACAUGUAUGUAAACUCUCUUUAUGUGAACUCUUAUAUGGAAACUUGGCCUAAUACUUUGCAUUAAAAUUUUUAAAAGUCCACAGACGUGAGUGUUUGUAAGCUAGCAUAAAGUAGGGCUUUAAGAUGUACGAGAAGCACUAGUUGCAGUUAGAAAUCUUGGACAUCUUGCUCAAUAUUGGCUUUGCACAUAUCUCUCUUCAUUUCAUCCUCACUUAGCUGAUUAUUCCAUGACCACAAUCGGUACACGGUACUGGGUUAGUAACUGUUGUUUGUAACAUGUCUAAGUAUCAGUAGCCUUCUCGUGGCUGUAUCACAGACACAUGUAUCAUAGUGUUACUUAUAUGCGUUUUUUCUCUCAAUUAUUUUUGUGUUAUGAGAUUCUGCCCGCUGUAUUACGUCUUGACAUCCCUGAUGCAAUUCUGAUAAUUUCAGUAGAAAACCAUCACAUUCUGUAUUUCUUUACAGUGCCAGGUGCAAAAUCAGUUAGUAUGGGAACAAAGGUUUCUUGCUAAUAGUUAAUUUUUCCUGCUUGUAAGCUCACAAUCAUUAUGCUGUAUAUGGUGCUACCACCAGUCUUUAAAGCAAUGUGCUUCAAAUUGGCCUAAUAGAUAAAAAUAUCGGAACUCAUUGAAAAUUCCUAGUAACUCAACUAGCCUGAUACUGUGGUUUAGCCUGUGCUAGAAGUUGGUACCUAUACCUUUGUAUACUCUAAAACUUUCAACCUCACACCAAAAGAAUGUGGUUUAAGAUGCGUGUGGGUCGAUGUUUGGGCCACUUUGACUGCUGAUUGUUUACAACAGUGAUUUGGGAGAGACUUCAAGUUCAUAGAUUAAGAAUUCACCCUGGCCUCUCCAUGAGGGGCGACGUCUGAAAAAGUACUCUUGUUUCCUUGGCAACUGUUGGUAAUGAUGAAAGACCAUGUCAUUAUUGCAAAAUAGUUUUAUGGGACCAAGACACAAAUGAAAAGUAAAGGUGUUAAGUAAAACUGUGAGUCUAACUCUUUCUGUCAUUAUAGACCCCACAUACAACAAAUGUGGGGUCUAUAUUGAGAUUACUAGGAGAAGGUACUAGGCUUCUGCAUUCUUCCCAGGUUAUAUUAUGGAGGUAGUCCAGCAAAACUGCUAUUUCAACUGAAAAACUGUCGCCCCUGUCCCAUCAAACUAAACUCGAUCUAGUGCACCUGGCAAAGAUUUUUUCGAAAUUCGGAUAAUUUUUAUGACUUUGAAGCGUUUUUAUGUGCCGAUUUUCUGAUUUGCUUUCAAAUCUCCGACGCGAUUCUGUCAAUCACACGGACAUUAGCAUAAGCUCUGCCCCGUAAUGGUGACGUCAUAUCCUCAUGCAUCAUGGCGGCGGUAUCUCUUUGCCGAAGUGGCGAGCUGUCGAGUAUUUUGAGCAAAAAACGACGGUUGAAUGUAGGAAUAAAAUAAAGGAAUAGCCUUAAAUGCUUAUCGAUGAUCCAUCCUGCCUAUCUGAAUAGGUUACGGUACAGUUUAAAUGUUAUUGAGCGUGUGAUUUUGAGAAAGUGCGAGCGUGUUUGUCCGGAAAUAGGUCAUCCGGAAACGGAAUAGACUUCACUCCUCCAUACGUGUACUGUGUGGGCCCAUGGGGGCUAUCAAAUUUGCUGACAAGCAAAUUUCAAAUUUCUAGUUAACCAUGUUAACUGCCGAGUGGUGAAUGUAAGAAAGCUUAUUGUAUCAAAUCUGAUUGUAAUGUUGCGAGGAGUGUGUCUGCUUUAUAAUUGUUCCAUGUUGCUGUCCAUAAUUUUUUAUUUUUGACAAGUCAGAUGCAAGGGGUUAUUUUGUAAGAAAUAAGAAACAGUAAAGUGAGUGUUUUUGUACAUAGUUUGGACCUGUUGCGGUAGUAUUCACAGGCAUCAUAAGUGAAGUGAAUCCUCAGUGAAAGUUGAAAAAACAAACUUAAACGCAUAGUUGCCAAGCUUAUUUAGCUAGUGGUCGCAACAAAAGCAUCUGACACUAGUGACACUGCAACAAGCAUGGUCAUAUUAUAUUGUCUUCCAGGAUUCUGGCUGUCCUUGCGCAAUUCUGUCCAUCGCUUUUGUCUGUUGAUGUCAGUGAUAACAUAUUUUCAAAGAAUGUAUAUUUGUGAAUUUUUUUAGGAAGAGUAACUGCUACGGCAAUGUCCAGAGUAUUGUACAUUGCACUGCUGAGGCUGAGCUCAUGUGGACAUCUUGUCACAUUUCAGCAUGAACUUAUGAACUUGUAUGUGAAAUAUUUGAUGGAAAGUUUGAGGAAUCAUUCUUUAUCAUGGCUCUUGUAGCUCUCUUUCAAAUCGUCUAGACAUGAGUUGUUCCAAAGUCAUGCUGUACAAUGUGCAUGUACAUGUAGAUGAAGAGUAGCAGGAGUGAGUGCCGGUCGUACUACAGGGUGGCCCAGAAUGAUUUUCAAAGGAAAAUAGUUCUGAGCCGCCCUGUAGAAUGCAUCUUGAAAUAUGCGCAAACUUGUGGAUAUGGUAAACCACCAAGUUUUAGGAGCAUUUUAUUUUUCUUUCAUUCCGCAUAUUAUCUGGAUUCAUGAAAUCGUGUUUUUUUAAUGCUCAUAAACAUAUUCCAUUAUGAUGAAAAUUGUGAAAGUUCCAUUUUUGGCUCACCGUAAGGGGAGUCUAUACGAUAGCGCUGUGUCCGUCGGCGGUGGCGGCGUCGUCGUCGUCGUCCGUCGUAUCCUGUUUCAGAAACAGUGGCACGUUUCUUAACCCCUAGGGCUAUGAACUUGAAACUUUGUACACAGCACCCCCUAGGUCAGGUGACCUCUGACACUGAAUUUCGGUCCGAUCUGAUUCUCAACUUGGCCACCAGGGGGCGAAAUGUCGAUAUCUAAAAAGUGUGAUAUCUCGCUUAUUAGUGACUUGUUUUCGAUGAAACUUUUGUUGUAGGUACUCAUAGCAAAUAUACAUCUUAUAUCAUACGGGUUUUUAAUUUGACCUACUUUUCAAGGUCACAGAGGUCAUAUGGCGUAAAUUGGCCGUUAGAGUGUUAACUAUGGCACAUUUCUUAACCACUAAAGCUAUGAACUUAAAACUUGGUACAUAUAACCCCCUAUAUCACAUAGUCUCUGGUGCUGAAUUUCAGUUUGAUCUGAUUCUCAACUUUGCCACCAGGGGGCCAAAAGUGGAAAUCUAAAAAGUGUGAUAUCUCGCUUAUAAGUGACUUGUUUUCGAUAAGAUUUUGAUGGUAGGUACUCUCAGGAAGAAUACAUCACAUAUCGUACAGGUUUUCAAUUUGACCUACUUUUCAAGGUCACAGAGGUCAUAUGGCCUAAAUUGGCCGUCAGAGUGUAAACUAUGGCACGUUUCUUAACCAGUAAAGCUAUGAACUUGAAACUUGGUGCAUAUAACCCCCUACAUCAGAUAACCUCUGAUGCCGAAUUUUGGCCCGAUCUGAUUCUUUAUUCGGCCACCAGGGGGCCAUAAUGGAAAAAGUAAGAAGUGCAAUAUCUUGCUUAUUUUUAGUGAUUCGUUUUCAAUAACAUUUUUAUGGUAGGUUCUCCUAGCAAGGAUGCAUCACAUAUCAUAUGAGUUUUUGAUCUGACAUGCUUUUCAAGGUCACAGAGGUCAAAUGGCGUGAAUUGGUCGUUUGAUUGUAACUAUGGCACGUUUCUUAACCACUAAAGCUUUGAACUUGAAAUUUGAUACACAUGACUCCCUACGUCAUGUAACCUCGGACACCGAAUUUCGAGCACAAUGGCCCCUGGCCGUUUCAUUUCAGAAAUGUUUGUAAAUCACAAAAAUAGAAAUGCACAAAUACUUUGCGGUUUACAGUAUAAUACAGUGCCAGCCUGGCAUUUGCUGCUGCUACUGUUGCCUUGAAGGAAAACCUGGAUGUUUCCUAUGAAACUGCAAAGUGACUAAAUUCGAUUUUGAGUUGCCCCAAGCACAUUUCUGUAUUUAUUACGAUAGACUCACUUCUGCUGUGUAUUUUGUAUAGGGGUUAUAUUUUGUGCAUCUUUAACUAAUAUGUAAAUCACUGCAAUUUGAUUCGUUGAUAUCAAGUUGAAUAAAAGGGCCUACUAAGUCCUUUUUCAAGUUUA